UAUACAAUCAAUCAUGCAAUUCAGUGGGUAUUCAUGAGAAUAAAGGAUCAAUGGUGAAUGGAAUAAUAAAGAAAUUGGGGGAGGAUUUGGUGAAUAAUAUACUAGUAAGAUUUCCAGUGAAAUCCCUCGUACGAUUAAAAUGCAUCUCUAAAAGAUGGUACACUCUCAUACAAUCCACCACAUUUAUACAUCUUCAUCUCAACUACCAAACAACCAUACAGCAUGAAUUCAUUCUCUUCAAGCAUUCCAUCAAAGAACCAAAUGAAUUUAUAAGUAUUUUGUCUUUUCUUUCUGGUGAUGAUGAUGAUGGCUUUAACCCUCUUUUUCCAGAUAUAAAUGUCACAUCUAUGUCCUCAAAUUUUAAUGCUACUUUUUAUCCACUUCUUGGUCCUUGUCAUGGUUUGGUUGUAUUAACAGAUUUGACAACCAUAAUCAUAUUCAAUCCAGCAACUAGAAAUUUCAGAUUGAUCCCACCUAGCCCUUUUGGUUGUCCACAGGGUUUUCAUCGUUCCGUUGAAGGGAUUGGAUUUGGCUUCGACUCCAUUUCAAAAUACUAUAAGAUUGUUAGGAUUUGUGAGGUAUUUUGGAAUCCUUGGGAUGGUUAUCCUGGUCCUAAAGAAACUAAAAUAGAUGUUUAUGAUUUUAGCAUGGAUUGUUGGAGAGAAGUGGAGCAAGUAAAUUUGCCAUUGAUUUAUUGGGUACCUUGUGCUGAGAUGUUAUACAAUGAAGUGGUUCAUUGGUUUGCAACUAUAGAAAUGUCCAUGAUUAUUCUUUGUUUUGACAUGAGCACUGAGAUUUUUCGUAAUAUAAAUAUUCCUGAUGUUUGUAAUAAUCUAACCCAUAAGCAAUAUUAUGGUCUUGUAAUAUUAAGGGGGUGUCUCACAUUGAUUUCUUACCCUAACCCCAUUUCUCCUACUGAUCCAAUAAAUGAUAAAGUGCAUGUUUGGGUGAUGGAGGAGUACGGUGAAAGCAAGUCAUGGAUAUUGAAAAACACAAUCAGAGUUGUUCCUGUUGAAUCACCGCUAGAUGUUUGGAAGAAUAGUAUAUUGCUUUUUCAAAGCAAAAAAGGACAUCUUAUUUCAUAUGAUAUUAAUUCCAAUGAAGAAAAGGAACAUAUUUUACAUGGUUCUCCCGGAAGUUUGAGUGUUAUAGUUUACGAGGAAGGCUUAACUUCAAUUCCACCAGAUUCAAGUUCAUGAACUGGAAUUGGAAAUCCAACUUCAGCAAUUGAUUACAAUCAUUCCUUGUUUCUCCAUUCAUCUGAUGUAAGUAAAAACCACAUCAUUUCUUUUCAAUUAACUGGUGCUGAAAAUUAUUCUAUGUGGUUUAGGCCCUGUUACGAAGAAAUAAAAUGGGGUUAGUGGAUGAUCAUGUCCAAAUUAUAAAUUUCCAGGAUUAGAAGGGUAUCUAGGAAAGGGUGAAUGAUGUUAUAUUAUUUGGAUCAUGAAUUCUGUAGAGAAAGGGCUUCUUAGAAUCAUCAUGUAUCCAACGUGUGCUUAAAAAUAUCUGGGACGAUCUAUAUAAAAGGUUAACAAGAUAGAUAGAUCAAGAACAUUUAAUCUGCAUCACUAUAACUCAAGGAAAUAGUUCUUUGUUUGUUAACUUCUCAAGAUUGAACGGGUUGUGGGAGGAAUUUGAGGUAGUGGUGCCUACUACAUCCUGUGAAUGUAACAGAUCCAAAGAGUAUGUAGUACAUCUACAAAAACUCAAAUUUUUUCAGUUUCUUAUGGGGUUGAAUGACUCUUACUUACAAGCAAGGUCUUAGAUCUUGUUGAUGAGUCCAGUUCCAUCACCAAAUCAAGCAUAUUCAAUGAUCAUGUUUUGAUGAGAGUCAAUAAUCAGUAGUGGCAAGAACAAGAAUAUUAGGAUCUAAUCCCAGUUUUGGCCAACAGGCGUAUGAGUUAGCGAUGUACUAAAAAAAUGGUAGUACUCAGAAGUUCAAGAAGAAUGGGAAUAUGUAUUGUGAUUAUUGCAAGCUUAAGAAUUACACGAGAGAUAACUGUUACAAGUUAAUAGGGUAUCCUCAAGAUUUUAGGUUCAAAAAUAAAGAACUUAACGAUGCAUGUAAUGCAAUGAUGGAAAGUACAAGGUCUCACGAACAGGUUCCUCACAAACAUCUGACUACAAUAGACCAUUCUUCUCAAUUCACUACAAGUGACUAUGGGCAGUCUUCAAAUGAAGGGAACAAUCAGUUAGAACCUUGUCAUCUAUCAAUAGAUCGAUAUCAAAAAUUGCUCCAAUUUCUCAACAAAGCUCUAGAAUAAGGUCAUUCAAAUAAUGUAGUAGUGAAUGGAUCAGGUACAAGCACUUGUUUCAACUAUACUACCAAUAUUAGUUCUACUUUUUGUUGAAUUAUCGAUACAUGUGCGACUACCACAUGGUUGGAGACCUGAGCUCUCUAAACAAGUCCACUAUUUGCAAGUCUGAUUAGCCAAAGAAAGUACAGUUGCCCAAUGGUGAUGUUACCUUAUUUGAGUUUAUUGACUCAAGUUUCCUACCUAACAAUGAUGUGAUCAUUGGAGUUUUUCAAGUACCACAGUUCCAAUUUUACAUGUUAUUCAGAAUCUAAACUCACUGAGGAACUGCAUUGUUCUGCUACUUUUUCCCCAAAUUCUGUAUAUUCAGGAUCUCUCACAUGAGAAGGUGAAGAUGAUUGAUAAAGAAGAUAAUGGUCUAUACAUACUAUCAAGCAAUGCAAGUUCAAGAGAUGUCAACAUUACAUCUAGUUGUUUCAUUUCAUUACUAAGAGUAGAUUCUAAAAUAUAUAUAGACUUAUGACAUAGAAGAUGUGGGCAUGUAUCUGGUUUAUGUUAAGGAAAAUAUUGCCAUCAUAUUUUAGCAGCA